AUGGAAAACGUAACGUUCGUGUAUGCUUUAGCCACGGAACAAGAAAGACAAACCGAAGCACUAAAAAACCAGCAACAAAAUCAGCUCGAGAAAUAUCGCCAUGUUAUCCAAAGGCAGAAGGAGAAAGAGAGAGCUUUCCUGUCAUUUAAGAAAGUUGAAUUUCUUUCUAGACAAGAAACAAAGCUGAACGUACUGAGGCCUUCUUCCGCUCGAACAAGAAUGGAUGACAAGCUACCGGAGGUAACGAGAAAAGGUAGAGAGAUUGCUCUUAAAAGAGGACUGCUUGCUACGGGCAAUGAAUUUAUGAACGUGUUGCCAUUUUACCGUCAAAAAACACACAUUGGGACAGGAUUUGUUUCUUCCUGGCGAAGCGGGAUCAGCUCAAACCCAUCAGUAAUGCAGAGAAAACCUUUGACUCUACAAGGUCAUCAACCUAGAAUGAUUGUAAAUCAAAAGAGACGAAACGGCAAUUAUCACCAUGGAGAGAAAACAGCAAUAAGUAGCUCAGUGACAAAGAAAAUCCCAGGAGUUGGUGUUGACCAUGGAUCGCUGGGAAAAUUUAAGAUAAAUUCACCUAGUAAACACGACGGGGUACGUCACGUGGCGACAGGAUUACAGUUUUCGGACGACUGUAGCAAUCAAGAAAAAGACGAAAGCAAUACACAAAGGUCCAACAAAGGCCAAAAAUUACAGAGUGUUGAUACAACGGUGAAAAUGGCAACAGAGGGAACUGAAAGAGGCUGUCAGGUCAGCUGGGCUGUGGUAGCGCGAUUAAUUGGAUUGAAAAUGAAGUUUAAAAGACGACAAUUUCACGGCACAUUUCAGGCACCCGAGUUAGAGGUGUUAGACCCAUCGCUAAAGACUGAGAGAAAAGUUGACCAGGGACUUUCCAGUGAUCCAUUAAAAGUAGUAAGAGGCUGUAGAUAUCUAAGAAUACCAGACAUGACAUAA